AUGGCUCUCAAUCGCAGGAGUCGGCAACAGCAUCAGAUUCCAGACGCUGAAAGGAAGAUCGGCCCUCGUGGGUCCCAGGAGACUACGUUACUGACCAAAAAAAUAUGGAGGUUUCUCAAUUCACAUGAGGACUCGGCAUUAUGCCUUGUCAACAUUGAGAAUGUGCAGGUGUUCCGGGACAACUUGCAGGAGUUAAGGAAGGAGAGAAGAUCGUGGCGCGCAGGGUUUAUAAAUGGUGCCGUGAACAAAGUGUACAGGACAGGGUUUACUGCAGCAUUCAGAAUGCAGCAACACUGCUACACACGCGAACACCUAUCAGAGAAAUUUAAUACAUUAAAAACCGCAACAACUGUCACUGGCCGAGGGAUAUUUACUGUAGCCGAAGCUGUCGAUGUAAUUGAAAACUUUGUUGAUGACGGGAAUCUCGACACCUCAGACGUUGACAUCUUUAUUGCCCCCCCAGAAAAUGAUAUCCUCACUGAUGAAGACUCUGGUCCAGAAGACGAAGGUGGUACCAUAAAUAAUUUGAACGGUGGACAACUAUCAGCUCCCGCAGAAAUAAGAGUAAGAAGACUUUGUAAUCUUGUUGAAUCAAGUUGCACGGAACUACAAGAUAAAAAACAUCGAACCUGGAUUGAUGGCGACAUGGAAGCUCAGAAGACUCUUGCUUUUCAAGCAUACAACUACAGUAAGUUCAGUUCUUUAAGCCCAGUUGAACUUUUUGAGCUAUUCAUCAACAACAGUGUUAUUGAAUUGCUAGUUAAAAAUACAAACAAGUACGCUUUAUUCAAAAACUGCCCAGACCCAAAGGUUACGGAGGAAGAAAUGAAAUGCUUUUUAGCAAUUUUGUUACUGUCAGGAUACAAUGAACUGCCUGGUAAGAAAUGCUAUUGGGAUUCUGGACUAGAUAUGAAAAAUGAAAUGGUCUGUCAAGCAAUGAGACGUGAUAGAUUUAUUCAAAUUAUGCGCUUUUUGCACUGUGCAGAUAACUCUGAGACAAUUCCAAAUGACAAAAUGUGGAAAAUGAGGCCACUUAUGAACUUACUCAAAUGUAAAUGUCUUGACAAUUUUGUACCAUCUGAGUUUUUGUGUUUUGAUGAGUCCAUGGUAAAGUACUAUGGCAAACAUGGAUGUAAGCAAUUUUUGAAAGGGAAACCUAUCCGUUUUGGCUACAAGAUUUGGAGCCUAAAUACUGAUACUGGGUACUUGAUCAAUUUUGAGAUUUUUCAAGGGAAGAACACAACAACAAAUGAAACAUAUUCAAAGCUAUUUGGGAAAUCAGCAGCUCCUCUUGUAUCAAUGCUGGAUGAAAUACCUCAAGAUGAGUUACCCUACCAGUUGUUUUUUGACAAUUUGUUUACAAGUCCAGCACUGAUGAAACAUCUGAAAGAUAGAGGUUAUGGUUCUACAGGAACUGUCCGAAUCAACAGAUUGCCAAAAGACUGCCCUCUUUCAUCAAAAAAAGAUAUGCAAAAUGAAUCUCGAGGAAGCUUUCAAUGUAAAAUAGAAAAAGAAGAUGGCAUAUUUGUCGCUCGCUGGAAAGACAAUAGUGUUGUUUACAGUCGCAUCGACAUCAUAUGGUAUUGA